GCGGCUCCCCCUGCAGAGCUCCGCUUCCGCUGCCAGCCAGAGCCGCCGCCGCCGGGAAGGCAGGGAGGGCGCGAGCCAGAGCCGCCGGCCACCCCAGCCGAGGGACCAGCCUGCGACCGCUGCUGCCCUCCGUCUCCCGACCCCUUUCCUCCCCGCGUAGCCCUCCCCGGAGCCAGGCACCAUGUCCGCGGGAGGAGACUUUGGGAACCCGCUUCGGAAAUUCAAGCUGGUCUUCCUGGGGGAGCAAAGCGUUGGGAAGACAUCCCUGAUCACAAGGUUCAUGUAUGACAGUUUUGACAACACAUACCAGGCUACCAUUGGAAUUGACUUCUUAUCUAAAACCAUGUACUUGGAAGACCGGACAGUGCGGUUGCAGCUCUGGGACACAGCAGGCCAGGAGAGAUUCCGAAGCUUGAUCCCCAGUUACAUUCGAGACUCCACAGUAGCUGUGGUAGUCUAUGACAUCACAAAUCUCAACUCCUUCCAGCAGACAUCCAAAUGGAUUGAUGAUGUCAGAACAGAAAGAGGAAGUGAUGUCAUUAUUAUGUUAGUGGGCAACAAAACAGAUCUUGCAGAUAAGAGGCAGAUAACAAUUGAAGAAGGGGAACAGAGAGCUAAAGAGCUGAAUGUCAUGUUUAUUGAGACAAGUGCAAAAACAGGAUACAAUGUAAAACAGCUCUUCCGGCGUGUUGCCUCAGCUUUGCCAGGGAUGGAGAGUGUUCAAGAGAAGAGCAAAGAAGGGAUGAUUGACAUAAAGUUGGACAAACCACAGGAACCACCAGCCAGUGAAGGAGGGUGCUCUUGUUAAUGCAAAGCGCAGGAUUCGUCAGCUCCAUUUGACACCACACGCUUGUUGUGUUGCUUCCUAUUGGUUAGCUUCCUAAUACUACAAAUUGAAUUAUUCAAUGGGGAGGAUCUCUUUUCUCUGUCUCUCUCCAGGGAAGGGAGGGGGUGGCAGGGAUCAGAAUACAUUAUUCAACAGCUGGUUCUAUUUUAUUUUGUUGGGUUUGGCUGUAAUAUAUUGUACUUUAUUAAAAAUGCCAAAACAGUUCAGAAUUUUAAACAAGACACUUUAAUUGCGUGUAUACAGCUCUCAGCCACGGGGACAUGUAUCUUUUUGGGCACCUUUUUUAAUUGUAUAUUUGUAAACUUACAGAGAAAACCCCAAGAUUAUACAGGCUGGCUAAUUUCAAUGUUUGGCAUAAACAGCAGACAUAUCUUGUAGGCAACCAGUCCCUGAUUGGUUCACUGAGACAAUAAAUAUUCAAUUCACAAUCCAAUGAAAGGCCAGCAGUGAGUGCUGCAGUUUGCCAGUAUGCAAAACAAGGCCUCUGACUAUAUAGGCACGUAGAGGUGGACAAGAGAGCUACAACUAGCAACACUUUGUUCAUGAUAGAGGCAGUACACCUUCAUAGCUCCCAAAUGGCUUCACAGGGUCUAUAGUGCAUGCAUAUCUUGCUAUCAUGUUCCAUGAGAUAUUUUAUUAUACCAUGAGAGUUUUUUUAAGCACUGCUAGGGCAGGUACAUAUUUUAAGACAUUCACUUGUCACAUAGUCUUAAGCAAGUCAAUUUUAAAAAAGAAUCACAUUAGCUAGCAGAAGCCGCCCCACCCAUACACUAGGGUAUAUUUGUGAAACUAAUGGCAUUGCUGUCACUUUAAAUGUAUGGUUAUCUCAUGGGGUUCUGAUUGUCUUUGUUCCCUGCCAAUGAACCAUCACAACCAAAUAUGGCUGCCACUUUAAGUUUAAAAUUGUGUUGAAGAAAGCACUCGAAAUUGGUUUGCUAAAAAAACCCUUUAAUCCAAUGUAUCCAGAUGCAUUCAUCUCUAAGUUUAUGAUUAGAAGCAGAUUCCUUCAAGGAAGCAACUCAAAAUGGUGGCCAAGGUUUAACCAGAAUGAUCAAUUACUGUCAUUUCAACCAUAAUCCAUUGGGACCAGCUCACUUUUAGCCGACUGUACUAUUCAUGGUGGUUGAUCAUUAUUAUGAGUGAUAAUAACUUUUGCAUGAGUGGACAAAGAGAGGAAGAAGGCCCUGUCGCCUAAGAAGAGAAGACUGCUUUGGCAACAAAGAUGUGAUAGAUAAUGUAUUUAAUUUUUGUAUACAUGUGUAUGCAUGUUUUAUAUUGACAUAAAACAUACAUUUACACACAUCACUGUGUGGAGGUGUAUGUAUACCCACACACACACACAAUAUAGAUGCUUGGUUUCUCCCACUGUUAUGACUUGAAUUGCAACCAACAACAGUUGUGGAAAAUUACAGUUGCUGCAGUGUGUGGGUCUAGAAGGUUUUUGUUAUUGUUGGGGAAAAGUGUGACUUGUCAUGUCUUCAAUAAAUUAAACUCAGAUUCAUGUAUAACUAGAAAAAAUGCAUAGAGAUGUAUUUCCAA